AUGCCUAACGACGAGGCAUUCAGCAAGCCCUCUACACCGACGGAGGUUCCGCACGCUCCCGGGGCCCCGCCACAGGGCAAAGCCGGUGGCCACAGCAAAACUGCCGGGGCGAUGGCGGGAACCGCCGGGGGCUCCAGUGCAGGGGGCAGCGGAGGCGCCUCCGGCUCCGGACCGUCGGGUCUGGGCUCGGGAAACAAGAAGUCCCCGAGGCUGCCCAAGUGCGCUCGCUGCAGGAACCACGGCUACGCGUCGCCGCUCAAGGGCCACAAGCGCUUCUGCAUGUGGCGGGAUUGCCAGUGCAAGAAGUGCAGCCUGAUUGCCGAGCGACAGCGCGUGAUGGCCGCGCAGGUGGCUCUGAGAAGACAGCAGGCCCAGGAAGAGGAACUGGGCAUCAGCCACCCCAUCCCUCUGCCCAGCGCUGCUGAGCUGCUUGUCAAGAGAGAAAAUAAUGUCAGCAACACGUGCCUGAUGGCUGAGGCGGGCAGCUCCACUCAGCCCCCACCAGCCAGUACCCCCACCCCUGCCGCCUCAGAGGGACGCAUGGUCAUCCAGGAUAUUCCCGCUGUCUCCAGCAGAGGGCAUGUGGAGAACACACCUGACCUGGUGUCAGACCCCGCCUACUACAGCAGCUUUUACCACCAGCCAUCUCUGUUUCCUUACUACAACAACCUGUACAACUACCCGCAGUACUCCAUGGCCUUGUCUGCUGAAUCCUCCUCUGGGGAUGUUGGAAAUCCCCUUGGGGGAUCCCCAGUGAAGAACAGCCUGCGGAGUCUCCCAGCACCUUAUGUGCCUGCUCAGACUGGAAACCAGUGGCAGAUGAAGACCUCAGAGAGCCGCCACCCAGUGAGCUCCCAGUACCGGAUGCAUUCAUACUAUGGGCCUUCCUCCUACCUGGGCCAGAGCAUGUCUCAGAUCUUUACCUUUGAAGAAGGCCCCUCCUACUCAGAAGCCAAAGCCAGCGUGUUCUCGCCGCCCAGCAGUCAAGACUCUGGCUUGGUUUCCCUCUCCAGCAGCUCCCCGAUGAGCAACGAGAGCACCAAGGGAGUUCUGGAAUGCGAGUCUGCCUCCUCUGAGCCUAGCAGCUACACCACCGUCAACCAGGUCCUGGAAGAGGAUGACGAUGAUGAUGACGAUGACGACGAGUGA